CUCGCCCUCUACCUCUCCCAGGUACCUCCAGUGUAGCACGAGCAUGGAGCGCUACAUUUGAUGAAUUGAUAGGGAAACAUAUAGAAGCGUUCUGCAGACAGUACAUGUCCAUGAAAGCACCUGGGAUACUGGCAGAGUACCCAGACAUGUUCGCUGUGCUCAUCAUCAUCACCCUCACAGGUAAAACACACACACACUCACACACACACACACACACACACACACACACAACAACACUCACACACCCCACAACACCACACACACACCACACACAUCACUCACUCAUGCAAACACCCCACACACACACACACACAACACAAAACAAACCCACACACACAAAACAAAACACAACACACAAACCACCACACCCCCAACCCCCACACAACCACACCACCCACAACACAACAGACACACCCCCACCCCCCCCCCCAAACCCCCACCCCACCACCAAACCACCACACCCCCCCCCAACCAACCCCACCCCCCCCCCCCCACCACCCCACCCCCCACCCCCCACACACACCACCCCCCACCCCCCCCCAAAAACCCCACCCCACCCCAAAACCCCUCACCCCCAACCCCACCCCCCCCCUCCCCACCCAAACUCACGCACACACACCCAACACUUCAACACGGCCACUUACACAAACACACACACACACACACACACUCACACAACACACCCCACACACUAACACACACACACUCACACACCACACACACACGCACGCACACACACACACUCCACACACACACACACACUCACACACACACUCACACACACCACUCCCACACACACCAACACACACUCACACACACACUCACGCACACAACACACACACUCACCACGCACUUACACACACACACACACACCAACAUACACACUAAACAUCAUCAACUUCACACACACACACCACACAUCACGCACACAACACACACACACUCCACACACACACACAACCUCACACACACCACACUAACACCACACACACAACUCACCGCAAACACACACACUAACACACACACACACACACACUCACACACACACUCACACACACACUCACACACACACACACACACUCACACACCUUCACCCGUCUUGUCAGCCUUGCUCUAAUCUUCGUACGUAUUCCCUUUUAUCUUCCUGUAGGUCUGUUGUCGUUUGGAGUGAAGGAGUCAGCGGUUGUCAACAAGGUGUUUACAUGUAUCAACGUCCUAGUGUUGUUGUUUGUGGUGGUCUCUGGACUGGUCAAAGGAACCCUGAAGAACUGGCAUCUGGACCCUGAUGUCAUCCUACACAACAACAACAACUCCAGACAAAAGUAAAUACACACACACACACAGUUCUGUCCUUGAGCUGUUCUUGUCUAUUGAUGUUCUGUAUUAUGUCAUGAUUCAUGUUUUGUUUGAACCCCAGGAAGAGUAGCUGCUGCUUUUGCAACAGCUAAUGGGGAUCCUAAUAAAAUACCAAAUACCAAAUACACACAUGCACUCACACGCUACAUUAUACUAGUGUGUAUUUAAUGAUCUCUCUUUCUCUCAGCAUGACAGAGCCCUUGCCGUCGGUGGAGAGUCUAGGAGUGGGCGGAUUCAUGCCAUUUGGCUUCACCGGCGUCCUAUCAGGCGCUGCCACCUGUUUCUACGCCUUCGUGGGAUUCGACUGUAUCGCCACAACAGGUCAGUGUGGGAGGGGCCAACUCACAUCACCAGUGGUUUAGUGGAGGUAUUGAAACACACGUACAGUCGCUGGUGAAAGAUCCUUGCACAGUCUUUACAUUUUGCUGCCUUAAAAUUUAAUCUAAAAAGGGAAUACAUUAGAUAAAUAAAUAAAAACACAAUUAACUCCACAUUUUCAAAGUAAAAUAAAACAUUUUGAAAAUUUUCCAAAUUACAAAGAAAUGCAAAAUGAACAUGCAUUGAUUGCAUAUGUCUUCACACCCCCGAGUUAAUAACUGAUGGGAGCACCUCUGGCAGCCAUUACAGCUGUGAAUCAUUUUGAAUAAGAUUCUACCAACCUUAAGCAACUCUUAGGGCAACAUACAGUCGUGGUCAAAGGUUUUGAGAAUGACACAAGUAUUGGUCUUCACAAAGUUCGCUGCUUCAGUGUUUUUAGAUAUUUUUGUUCAGUAUUCUAUGGUUUACUGAAGUAUAAUUACAAGCAUUCCAUAAGUGUCAAAGGCUUUUAUUGACAAUUACAUUAAGUUUAUGCAAAGAGUCAAUAUUUGCAGUGUUGACCCUUCUUUUUCAAGACCUCUGCAAUCCGCCUUGGCAUGCUGUCAAUUAACUUCUGGGCCACAUCCUGACUGAAGGCAGCCCAUUCUUGCAUAAUCAAUGCUUGGAGUUUGUCAGAAUUUGUGGGUUUUUGUUUGUCCACCCGCCUCUUGAGGAUCGACCACAAGUUCUCAAUGGGAUUAAGGUCUGGGGAGUUUCCUGGCCAUGGACCCAAAAUGUCGAUGUUUUGUUCCCCGAGCCACUUAGUUAUCACUUUUGCCUUAUGGCAAGGUGCACCAUCAUGCUGGAAAAGACAUUGGUCGUCACCAAACUGUUCUUGGAUGGUUGGGAGAAGUUGCUUUCGGAGGAUGUGUUGGUACCAUUCUUUAUUCAUGGCUGUGUUCUUAGGCAAAAUUGUGAGUAAGCCCACUCCCUUGGCUGAGAAGCAACCCCACACAUGAACGGUCUCAGGAUGCUUUACUGUUGGCAUGACACAGGACUGAUGGUAGCGCUCACCUUGUCUUCUCCGGACAAGGUGUUUUCCGGAUGCCCCAAACAAUCAGAAAGGGGAUUCAUCAGAGAAAAUGACUUUACCCCAGUCCUCAGCAGUCCAAUCCCUGUACCUUUUGCAGAAUAUCAGUCUGUCCCUGAUGUUUUUCCUGGAGAGAAGUGGCUUCUUUGCUGCCCUUCUUGACACCAGGCCAUCCUCCAAAAGUCUUUGCCUCACUGUGCAUGCAGAUGCACUCACACCUGCCUGCUGCCAUUCCUGAGCAAGCUCUGUACUGGUGGUGCCCCGAUCCCACAGUUGAAUCAACUUUAGGAGACGGUCCUGGCGCUUGCUGGACUUUCUUGGGCGCCGUGAUACCUUCUUCACAACAAUUGAACCUCUCUCCUUGAAGUUCUUGAUGAUCCGAUAAAUGGUUGAUUUAGGUGCAAUCUUACUAGCAGCAAUAUCCUUGAAUGUGAAGCCCUUUUUGUGCAAAGCAAUGAUGACGGCACGUGUUUCCUUGCAGGUAACCAUGGUUAACAGAGGAAGAACAAUGAUUUCAAGCACCACCCUCCUUUUAACGCUUCCAGUCUGUUAUUCUAACUCAAUCAGCAUGACAGAGUGAUCUCCAGUCUUGUCCUCGUCAACACUCUCAAACUUUUGACCACGACUGUACAGUGCCUUCAGAAAGUAUUCACACCCCUUGACAUUUUUUAAAUGUUGUUGCGUUAUAGCCUGAAUUUUAAAUGGAUUACAUUGAGAUUUUUUGUCACUGGCCUAAACACAAUACCCCGUAAUGUCAAAGUGGAAUUAUGUUUUUCUAAAUUAACUUUUACAAAUUAAUAAAAAAUGAAAAGCUGAAAAGCUGAAAUGUCUUGAGUCAAUGGCCGGGGGGUGCUUUACUUGGCUCAUCGCGCUCUAGCGACUCCCUGUGACGGGCCAGGCGCCUGCAGGCUGACCUCGGUCGUCAGUUGAACGGUGUUUCCUCCAGUGUGUAGCUGGCUUCUGGAUUAAGCAAGCGGGUGUUAAGAAGCGUGGUUUGGCGGGUCAUGUUUCGGAGGACGCAUGACUCGACCUUCGCUUCUCCAGAGCCCGUUGGGGAGUUGCAGCGAUGAGACAAAAUCAUAAUCACGAAAAUUGGGGAGAAAAAGGGGGAGGAAAAAAUAAAUAAAAAAUAUUCAAAAUGAUUGACAACUAUUAUGGCUGCCAAAGGUACUCCCACCAAGUAUUAACUCUGUGGUGUGAAGAUAUACACAAUUAAGACGUCUUCGUUUAAAAAAAUAAAAAGUCUUCUUUUAAAACGUUAACUUUCUUUCACUUUGAAUAUGUGAAACAGGUUGUGUAGAUCUAGAGGAAAAAAAGCUGAUUUAAUGCCUUUUUAGAUUUAUUUUAAAGGCAAUGUCACAACACAAGUCUGUCCCUGACCUCCAACCCUCUAACCUUUAACCCCUGACCUUUAACCUCUGCCCUCUAACCGCUUACCUCUGCCCCCAGGUGAGGAGGUGAAGAACCCUCAGAGGGUCGUUCCCAUGGGCAUCGUGUCGUCUCUCCUCAUCUGUUUCCUUUAACCUCUGCCCUCUAACCGCUUACCUCUGCCCCCAGGUGAGGAGGUGAAGAACCCUCAGAGGGCCAUUCCCAUUGGCAUCGUGUCGUCUCUCCUCAUCUGUUUCGUGGCCUACUUCGGCGUGUCUGCUGCGCUCACCAUGAUGAUGCCCUACUACCUCCUAGACAACAACAGUCCUCUGCCUGCAGCCUUUACAUACGUGGGCUGGGAGGGAGCCACCUACGCUGUGGCUGUAGGCUCGCUGUGUGCUCUGUCCACC